AAUGACACCCAGGGACAGUGGCUGCAAGCACAGUCAGAAAGAGAAGAAUCAGGGCUAGCCACACAAGCAGGUCCUCUUCCAAGAAGUCUAUUUCCUGAACCAUGGGUUGGCAUGAUGGCUGCAUACGCUGCAUGGUUGGGGUACCAUUUGCUUCAGUCAUUGCCACAGUCCUGUGUUUUGCCGGAGUGGCCCUAUUCUGUGGCUGCGGACAUGAGGCUUUGAGUGGAACAGAGAAGUUGAUAGAGACAUAUUUUUCCAAAAACUACCAGGAGUAUGAAUACCUCAUUCAUGUAAUUAAUGCCUUUCAGUUUGUGAUCUAUGGAAUUGCCAUUUUCUUCUUUCUGUAUGGGAUCCUACUUUUGGCUGAGGGAUUCUAUACAACAACUGCCAUCAAACACAUCCUAGGAGAGUUCAAACCCCCAGCUAUGAAGGGUGGGCUCAUCUCUACAGUGACUGGAGGACCACCUAAAGGAAGAAGCACCAGGGGAAGGCAGCCAGUCCAUACUAUAGAGCUCAUCUGCCGCUGCUUGGGAAAGUGGCUUGGACACCCCGAUAAGUUUGUCGGUGUCACUUACGUUAUCACUAUUUUGUGGAUCCUGAUCUUUGCCUGCUCUGCUGUCCCUGUCUACAUUUACUUCAAUACUUGGGUCACCUGUCAGUCCAUUGCAUUCCCAGGGAAAACCACAACCAGUGUCAGUACCCUGUGUUUAGAUGCUCGUAUGUAUGGUGUUCUGCCAUGGAAUGCUUUCCCAGGGAAAGUAUGCGGGACCAGUCUGCUUGCCAUCUGCAAGACCAGUGAGUUCCAGAUGACAUUUCACCUUUUUAUUGCGGCAUUUGUGGGUGCAGCUGCAACACUUGUGGCCCUGCUCACAUAUAUGGUAGGAGCAUCAUUCAACUAUGCUGUGCUUCGAGUUACUGGCCGCAGCGAUCGCUCAAAGUUUUAAACUUCGAGUCUGUGGUUGAUAAAAACAAAGCAGAAUCCUGAAUUCAUGGUUUUAUUUAUAUGAUUAUAAUGUUCAUGUUUUCCUUUUAUUUUCAAAGUCUUAUUUUUGUUUGUUUGCAUUGGAAUUUAGAUAACAUCGCUGGUGCUUUCCAUGGAAAAUCUGUAUCUGCCUUUGGUUUCCCUAAACUCUUGGUUUAAUCUAAUAGAACAUGUAAGAACUGCCCUAACGAUAUUAAGCAGGAAUGCUAAUCUCAGCCACUCAUAUAUCUGAUUCAUCAACAAAUGUAGGACCACCUAUAAUUUAGAAAAAUGAGAGUCCAUGAGAGACAUUUUAUACUUAAUCUUGUCACCAAAAAAAGAAAUUCUCUUUAAUAGGUGGCAGGUGCAAACAGUCAUCAUUUAAUGCUAGUUGCUGGAAAUGAUUUCUGAUUGGUUGCCCAGUUCUUUUAGUUUUAUAAUACAGCUUUAGGAUGGAGGGCCAUAAAGCUGAAGUAUAAAAAUCUAGAACCCAUUAUGGAAAGGAAAAUGCUUUCUUUGAAUACUUUGAAAACAUAAAGAAUGAAGGUAAAUAAGCUUACAGCGGGGCAGUCAACACCAGAUAACAUCAUAACUGAUGAUAUCAAUGAUAAUAUAGAUUUAACAAUAUGAUUUUAAUUGGGCUCUUUAAUAAUCUGCACUGUAGAACAAACUAUGUCUCAUUUACACAACAAGUGCAAAGCAAAUUUGCAAUGGCUAAAAUUCAAUAGACAAUAUUCUCUAGACCCAGUAGGCCAUAUAUUUAUCUAUAUAUGUAUAACUCUUCCCGAAGAAUCUACUAUACAUUUAGAAUGUCUAUUUUCUUCUCAACGGAAACCAUCUUUAAUCACAUAAUAAAGGAGAAACAAUUUCCCUUUUCUUCAUCACUCAAUCUAUGAUGUGCUAUCCCUAUAAUAUUUCAUAAUCUAAAGGGUCUUACAACCCUUUAUUCCUCUAGGAGCUGUCUGUUCCCUUGUUCUUUAAGAAAAGAACGGAGAUUCUGGGCAGAGGCAGAAUUAGUUAUAUAUGUGUUUAGCAUCAUCAGGCAGGGGGACAACAGGCUUUGGGCAAGGAAUCUCUGUGUAGGGAUGAGCCCACAAACUUUGCACUGUUCCAUCCCUUCUCUCUAACCAAGUUUAACCGCCUAUUAGCGAUGCAGGGUACAAUAAUUAAUUGCACUAUGGAGAGGUCAACUACACUGGUAAAGGAACAUGCAGCAUUAUGAAAGUGAGUCUAGGACAAUAUUUAGCGCACUUUGUGCAGUUUUUUCAAGUUUAAUGUGUGGGUCCCUUUCCAGUUAAACUGCCUUAUUUAUCUUUUAGUAACAAAAGUGGCAUCGGUGAAAAUUGAUUUAUGCAAUGAAAUAGCAGUAAAUGGGUUGAGCUGGUGGUGAGAUCUACAGAUGACUUAACACUCUCUAAGCCAGAGAGAAAGGCUUUCACUAGAACCUACUGAUAGGGUCAGUAUUUCAAAUGGUGCUCUUUCUGUAUGUGGACACAAACAUGCACACAUAUCCAAGAGUCUUUCUCUCUGGCAGAGAAUGGGCGCUACAUUUUUCCUGUAAAUUGCUAAUUGUAAAAUGUAAGAGUUUAAAAGUAAUUAAAAGUUUCUGAAUUAAAAUUCA